CACAGGCAGCUUGGGCUCGACAUGCUCCUCGGAUACCUCAUCCUCACUGCCUUCCUGGGGCAACGCCUGGGCACCAUGGGGCAGGUCACUGUCACCCAGCAAGAAGGACAAGCCACAGUGAAGCAGGGAGACACCUUCCACACCAACUGCACAUACCAUACUUCCAACUUUUAUGGCUUGCUGUGGUACCAGCAGAAGAAAGGCCAAGCUCCCCAGCUGCUCUCGUACCACGCAGCAGCUGGCUCCAAGCUCAGCGGCCGUCUGACCACGCUGCUGAGCACCACGGGCAAAUACAGCCUGCUGCGGCUGGAGGAAGUCGAGGUCUCUGACAGUGCCUUGUACCUCUGUGCUGUGGGUGACACCAUGUAUGGAUCCAGCUAUGGCAAGGUGACCUUCGGCUCAGGGACCAGGCUGUGUGUCCAGCCCAAUGUCACUCCAUCCCCUUCAGUCUACAGGCUGACCUCUCAAGAUGAUGGGGAUCUGGAAAUGUGCCUCAUCACAGAUUACUCCCCUGAGGACCUGACCCUGAGCUUCACCGACAAACCGACGAAUGCUGUUGUGGAGGUGGCAGCAGCCGAGCGCAGCCGGGAAGCGAGCUACCUGGCUACCUACUGGGGCAGGAAGGAUGACAUGCAGUGUGCUGCAAACCAUGAGGGCUAUGGGGAGCUGCAGGGCGAGGACCCUGACAGUGGUGCCAGCUCUGUCUGUGUUACGGAGAUGUCUCUACACUUCAGGACAGAUGAGAACCUGAACAUGCUGUCUUUGGCACAGCUGGGCCUGAAGAUCACUUUGCUGAAAGGAGUAAUUUUUAAUGUACUGAUGACAAUGCUCAUGUGGAAAAUCAAGCACAACAGUGACCAGAUGGUGCAGUUCUGAAAUGCCAAAAAAAACUGCUGAGGAGUCCUGUUGCAAGGAAUGGCACCUGCUGGCUCUAUGCAUCGCCCCAGCCACUGAUCUCAGUUGCUUUAUUUGUGUUGUUAUAAAGCUGCUCCAAAAUAAGCCAAACAUUUUCA